UAGCGAGCUGCCUGCUCGCGUUUCACUUUAUUAAAUUAAAUUUGCAGUGCUGGCGAGUGCAGGUUGCCAGAUAUAACAUUUCUCUCCGUUCAACAGCUUCCGGAAGAGCUAGCACGUUGAACAGAGCACGCCGCGGCACGUCAUUCCAUCGCUUAAUUGUCCACAGAAGCAGUAGCAGCAGCAGCAGCAGCAGCGACGGCGACGCGUCCCUCCAGCGUCGUGGGAGGAGGAAGAAAGCUAGACCCGCGGGAGUAGGACUGACUUGGUAGACACGCAACAAGUUCACUCUUUCUCUCGAUUGCCUGGCAGUGCGCCACUUUUUGACGACAAACAUCCAGCCGGGAUGCUGCUGAGCGCGGCGCUUUUGACGCUCGCCACCGUCGGCCUGCUGGUGGUGGCCACCUUCGUACUGGGGCUGCUCGCCACCCUCGCCACGGGGCUUAGGGUCUUCUUCUUUGAGCCUGCCAUGUGCAAAAAAUCGGUCGACCUGAAGGAAAAGUUUGGAACCUGGGCAGUUGUGACUGGCUCGACAGACGGAAUCGGCCGGGCGUACGCCGAGGAAUUGGCCAAGCGAGGCCUGAAUCUAGUCCUUGUGAGCCGAAAUCUGGAGAAGUUGACGGCAGUGGCCGCGCAGCUGGGUACAAAAUACAACGUCCUGGUUCGCAUCAUCGUGGCUGACUUCAGCAAAGGCGAAUCGAUCUACGAAAGCAUCGACCAGCAACUGGCCGACAUCCCGAUUGGAAUUCUCGUGAACAACGUGGGCUCACAAUACUCGUAUCCGAUGUACGUGGGCGAGGUACCCGCGGAUCAGAUUUGGUCCAUCAUCAACGUCAACAUAGGUGCGACGGUGAUGAUGACCCGCAUCGUGUUGAGAGGCAUGAAAUUGAGAGGAAAAGGUGCCAUUGUUAACGUGUCGUCCGGUUCCGAGUGCCAACCUCUGCCCUUCAUGACUAUCUACGCCGCUUCAAAGGUAUUCGUCAAGAGUUUUUCUGCUGCCCUUCGCAACGAGUACCAAAACAGCGGAAUCACCGUGCAGCACUUGUCGCCGCUGUUCAUCAACACGAAGAUGAACGCUUUCAGCCAUAGAUUGCAAGAGGACAGCGUAGUCGUGCCGAGCGCGUACACCUACGCCAAAAGUGCAGUCAGCACCUUGGGAAAGGUGGAAAGCACCACCGGCUACUGGGCACACGGAAUACAGUAUUGGUUUACUGAACUACCACCAGUGUGGAUGCGUACUAUUAUUGGAGGGAUGAUAAACAAAGGUUUCAGAACGGAUUACUUCAAAGGCAUCCAGAACAACAAUAACCUCCAGAAGCAUUAGGCUGCUUCAGUGAGUCGGCUCAAUUACUGUAAAUACUUUACCUGAUCUGAUGGAGUGCUAUUUUUAUCCAUAUCAGCUAUGUAGGUACCCGUGAGAGAAUAAAUCACCUGCUAAUUUUUAACGUAA